UCGUCAGGUCUACAAAGUCGUAGACCUGACGAGAGACGCUCCCAUUGAGGAAUAGGAUUAAUACCACCAGAAACAGAAAGGCUAUCUUCUUUCUUGCUCAAAAUUGUGUCAUCCUUUCAUCUCCCAACGCUUGAACGGCGAAGGGGAUAAUUUGGAGAUAGAAAUGUUACAUAUGAUUCAUGUUCGGACGCAAAGCCCCAUACGCUUGUUCGCCCCUUUGAUAUUACAUCGAACCUCAACUACAAUGUUGCGAUUCUGGCAACCCAAGAGUGCGAGCCGGUUCAAAUGAAUACAAGUGUGGGAUGCCAAACUUCCCUAUGUAUAAAGCAGAGAACACGGGAAAAUUCCACCAGUUCUGAAGCCAGGAGAUCGGAUUGCAUGCCACCGAAGCUAUUAUAUACCACAAAGAUGGUAUCCCUAACGCGGACAGAAUCAUGGCGAUCAUUUUUCAAGAGCAGGCUUAUUGUUGCUUCGAAGAAACAGUCCAAACCGUAGCCAAAGCAGACUGUCUUACAUCCAGACAUGUAAGACUCCAAGCCAGUUACCAACGUUCCUGCUCCUUCCCUUUUUACGCUUUUCCAUUGCCCGGUGGCCCGGCAACCCAUCGCCAGGCUACCACCAGCCCCACAGGUCUAUAUACUACCUCUUUCACCCCAUCUUCCAACGUCUCCGAAUGGGACAUAUGGUCAAGCGGUUCAACGAAGCAUUGCAACAGGCCAGACUCACAGGCCCAAGCCUACCCGUUCGAUUCCCGGCGGCAGCACUCGAAACUCGAUUUUCAAAGGGAAUGCCCGAUUUGGGUCGGGCUGUCAAUAGCCCCCUUCUCUCCUCCCCUCCCCUUUGAACCGCGGGAUCAUUGUUCCAUUACCCCCUUUUUUUUUAUUGCUUUACGACGAAAAGCUCUGUCCUACCGUUUGUUGCUGUGCGCGCGGGUGAUGAUGCCGAAGCUGGCGAGGCACCAACUUCCAAAUCUCAUAUGCAAGCGAACCAGAGUCAGUCAGAACAGCGUCGAAAUUCAAGUACGGCAUCAGAAACUCUUGGUUUCAAGUUAGUUCUCAUGGCGUUUGGAUUCACAACCUACAG